CUCUCUUUUUUCUCUUUCAGAAUCGUGAGUACGUAGAGACAGAGUACACAUACAACGGAAUCCCUUUCUCCCGGUCUAUGCAGUCUGGUAGUGCACAAAUCAGUCCAAGUCCUUCAGCCACCUCAACUACGCAAGAUAAAAACAGCCAACCAACAGGUUGUUGUUCGAGAUGGGCCCAGGGGCGUCGCUAUGAAGCAGCUGGUACCGAGGACGAAGAUAACAACCUCAAAGAGGUUCGCGUCAACGAAAGCCACACACAUCGAAAGCCCUCUCCAAAGAACACCCCUAAUAAACGGAAUGACCUCACCCUCACUGUCCUUCCUGAAAUGAAUUGCAACACCAACAUCAAUACCAAUACCAACCCUACGGUAACCACCGCCAUCGUGUCCACCUUACCAACACCAACCAAUGGGGUGGAUACAGAGUCUAUACACUCCACAGUGAGUGCAAGCUCUAGUCCACAGGGCAGUAGAGGAAGUCCAAGGGGAAGUCCACAGGGCAGUGCUGGAAGUUCCAAUGUGGUGCAAGUUUCUGCCUUAUAGCAUCGCUUGGGGCCACUAGAGCCUCAUCUUACCCUGUAUAUAUAAAUACCCCUCGGCCAUGUUGUGAAUGAUGUUAGUAACACCUCCAUAUCUAAACCUAUUAAACCGCAAGUGCAUAAAGCAAGCAACCUAAACGGCAAUCACGCAGUCGUGAGCAGCACGUGUAAUGAUUUAUCUUAAAUUAUUCUUGAGAAAUCUACUCUUUCAUUUAUCAGUUUGUAGUUCUCAUGGAUGUGUGUCUUUACUAAGAAUUAUUUAUGAGAGGAAAGUUUAAUUUGACCAUGAUUUUAUGAUUAUGGAUAUGAGCUUAGUCAUUUUUAUAAUUUUCCACUACCAGGUCCUUUUCUUUUAGUUGUUUGUAAUGCAGUGUGCGUGUGUGUGUUUUCUCUGUACAUAUACUGAUGUGCCCAGUCUUACUGCCUUGUAUUAAAUUUGUCAUAUUUUGACUUGCCCUUUCAAGACCCCUGUGCCUUUUGAUCUCUAAAAAAAAUCCUCUAAAAAUUCAAUAAAUCUGAGACAAAUAUUUUGGCUGAAUCAUUCAUAAGAUGUCAUACAAGAAAAGAUUCCCACUUUAUGUUUUAAAAAAGAAUUACCUUCUAUAUUAAUCUAAACAAACAAAAUUGAUUUGAAAAUCAUUCAAUGUUCUCGACUCAAAAUGAUUUAUUCUGAAAAUUACUUGAAACCAUAUAUAAUCGUUUUACCUCAUUUGCCCUAUUCAUCAGAGGCAGCAAAAAUUUGUCCAAUUUUGAGACCUAGUUUAUGCUCAGUAAAUUUCAAAAAGGAACAGAAAAUAUACAAGAGCCACAUUUAUAUAAGUUGGCAGCUAUUAUACAUCCCCAUGCAAAUAAUUGAAAGGGCAACAUGUAGAAAUAAAUGUUUGUUUUGCGUGAAUGGGCAAAAAAUAAAGAAUUCAUUUGGCAAUAAUUUUAAUUUGAUCUCAGAGCUUCUUGUAGCAAAAAGUGAUUAUUAUUUGCAAUGACUUUUAUUUAUUUAUAUUCCUUUUUAUUUUUUUUCUUUAUUUUCCCUGUCAAAUAUCAUACAGCCCUUUCCUCUCUCACAGUGUAGAUAUAGAUUGAAAUGCUUUUGGUUUAUUCCUGACUGUCAGGAAUGCCUUAUUAUGUUUUAUAUAAUAUUACCAUAUUGGUGAUUGUAUGAAUAUAUGUAUUAUGUAGUUGUAUAGCAUUUCAAAAAUAUUGCAAAUCUUUGUUUAUUUUUAUUUCAGAUCUGGUCCAUGCUGCCUUAUACUAAAAAAAGGACAAGAUAAAAAUGUAUGCAUGUACAUGUGGCACUUGUUUGUCAUUCUAAAAAAAUCACUAUUUGUUUUGUUGUUUGCAACUGUGUCAUUGUAAUUUUACAUCACAUUUUAUCCAAAGUGUGUUAUAGCAAUUUUUUACUUUUUCACCAUGGCAUAGUCUUUAUCACAGUGAAAUAGUGAAAGAUUAAUGGUUAUUUUUUGUAUUAUUGUUGUAACAGCUAUUACAUUGGAUGUAUAUCCUCCAUGAUAUUUUGAUUCAUUUCAUUAGUUCAUUAUUUUGUGUAAUUCUCUGGGUUUUUUCUUCCCAAUUAUAAUGAAGGGUUUCAUUUACAAGCAAGUUGUCAUUUAUGUACAUUAAUAAUGAACAAAUUAAAAAGUCUCCAAGAAUAGAAAUCAUCUUUAAAGUUCUUAAUACAUCAUAAGUUUUUGAAGAUGAGCUAUUCUUAGAAAUGUAAUUAAGAGUAGAGAUCAAAUUUAGUUCAUCCUAAAAUUAGAAUUAUGCAAUGUACCAAUGUCUUUUUAGUUUAUAAUGAUUUUUAAAGUUUAAAGGUUUUAAUUGACAGAAGCAAUUUAGUUUAUCAGAAAAUAAACAAAAAAUAUUGGUUUUCAAAAUUAAGAAUGACUUGCAAAUCGCAGAAAUAUUUAUGACUAAUGAUGACUAUUAAUAAUCAAAUAUUCCAUUUUGUCAAGGAUAUUUCCAUUGCUAGUAAUCAAAUAUGACAAUGUACAUUAGCUUUUAGAACAUCUUAAUAUAUACCUGAAUAAUUACUUUAUAGAUGUACUAAAACAAUUUUCCCGCAAUUGAUAUCAUGGUGUUGUGUCUCUGAUUAAUGUAGCAUCAAAUUACUCCACUGAGUAACAAUGAACUAUACAUAUCCACUAGUCAAUAUGUCAGAUGUAUAUGCAUCAUGUAUUAUAUAUAUGAGUUAUAAAAAUAUAUAUAUAUAUAUAUUUUACAAAUAUAUAUAUAUAUCUUUAUGUGUGUAUUUUUACUUCAUUUUCAUAUGGAAACAUAUAUCAGGAUUGUAAAUAUGAUUGUAUAGUAGGAUUGUGGGCUGUUCUUUUAUUGAGGGUUGUAUAGGAAGAAUGUAAUAUGUAUUUAUUUAUGUAUGGAAUAUUUUGUUGCCUGUAGGAAUAUAAUGCUCGUAUAUAUAUAUUAAUUUGGCGCAAAGAUAUCACUCGGACGUUGUUCUGCUGUGUUCAUUACAAUAUUAUUAUUAUUAUUAUAAUUCAUCAAGAAAAUGGAUGGGCAUAUAUCAUUCAUUUAUUGGAAAGAAUCAAGUAUUUAUCAUCAUCAAGUAUGUCAAAUAUUUUAUUAUCUGAUUUGGACACCAGGCUCUUCCAUUUAUUGAAAAAAAACUGUACAAAGGAAAUGUGAGAGAAAAUGUUAUUUACAUGUAUGUGUUGUUGGGACUGAUUAUGUGGAAAUGUGAUUUUAUAUGAAAUGUAGUGCUAGGAAUUUAUAGUUAAUGGGAUUUGAGCAUUGUUAUCAAAAAAUGAUUACUAUUGGAACCACAUGUAUUUCGAGUUUUUAAUGAUGUUUUUAAGUAUAUCAUCUAUAUUCAAAAUUUAUUGAUACUGCUGGAUAGAUAGUGGGAAACUUCAGAACUAGUAUAUACAUGUAUCUCAAUUUUCAAUCUUAUUAUCAAAGUAAUAUUACAAGAUAGAUGUGCAUUUAUGCCCCAAGUCAUUUUUACAUUGUAUUUUCUCUUGACCCCACAUAUAUUUGAUGAAAAAAUAAUCAUGUAACAUAUUGUAAUCAGGAAACAUGUAUGAGAUGGGGGGGGGGGUAGGAUGGUGAAGAUGGAAUGGAUCACACACAUUACUUAUAUCUAUGUUAACAUAUCCUUCAUAAUUAUUCAAACACUAUUUAUCACAGUUAUAUACAUUAGGGGAAUGAUAUUCUGCCAUUAGUCAGGGAAGAUGAACCUGCACAAUUAUAGGCACGAUUGAUUAGGUUAAAUCUGCUAUUAGUGGGAACCAAAAGAUUCUAUCAAUUUCUCUCCGGCCAGUUACUCCAUUUUAGUUUUGUUUUAUUCUGAUAUAACUGAUUUUGGUAUUUGUAAAGUUCUCUAAAAGGGAGCAUCAAUCUAGUGUUCAGAGAGACGAUCAAGAAAAAUAUCAAGUCUGAUCCAUCUCAUUGGAAGGGAAAGAGAAGGGAUGAAUCAUAUCAGAUAGGCUUUUAUCCAAUCAUUACAAUGAAAGUGGAAGAUUUGAGUCACAAACGCUUACUUUUCACAUUCCCUGCUUAUUGCACCUGUUUAUAUUGCCCCCAUUUAGCUCCUCUUUUGCUGGAAAAUGAAACCCAAUUUUUAAUGAGAACAUCAAAUAAGUGAUUCAAUUUAAUAUCAGCUGUACCUUAGAAAUGAUCUUAAUACCUAGUUCAAUACAUUGAAACAUUCUUUUUUAACUUUUUUUACUGUGUUAAUGUCUCUUUUUUGCAACUGUUUCUAUUACUUUGACAUUCUUUCAGGUGUCUGCUCUCUUAGCCUAUUUCUCCUUUUCAUAUUUUUAAUAUUUCAUCAAACAAAAGAUCUCUGCUGUGGUCGAAAAUUUCCCCAUGCAAUUAUUCACCAUUUUGGUAUGUAAAAUUUGUUUAUCAGAACAAUGGCCAUAGUGUCCAUUGUAUUGAAUUCAAUUGAAGAUGUUGUAAUUGAGGACUUAUUUUUACUUUAAACUGAAUGUUAGGAAGUAUUAUGCUUGACUUACUUUUAAUUGAAAAUGAAUGUUAGGAAGUAUUAUGCUCACAUUAGAAUUUCUUCCAACAAUUACAUUUAUUUUCUAUAUUGGAGAUGUUCAUUUUCCCAUCAAAUUUCAUGCAAACCUACUCAAUGUGCAAAUGAAAAGUUCAAAAGCAGCCCUUGCUUCUGCAUGACAGCCCACUCAUUGACGGCCGUGUUGGAUGUGUAGGUUGCCUCUAGCAGACAAACGCGGGGGGCCUCCGGGGAACAGUUUUAGCUUCUCGUUGUGUCGAGGUUAGUGCCCGAGGGACGGCUGUCUCCUUGUGACGUUAAUGGCAGCCUGGAUACGCAGCCUCUGCGAAUAUCCCCCCCCUUCCCUCACAGCCGAGCCAUGUUGCCUCCACCCACGGAGAUAUCUUGGUUUAGUUAUUUCUAUUCAAGCUACAUCUGAUUAUGUACAGAACCAUGCUUGCUGUGUCAGAGAAUACCCCUUUAAGAACACACCAAUUUUCCCCGAUUUCUUUGGAUGAGGUGUAAUCUUUGUCCAUUGUAUAAUUACUUCAAAAUGUGAAUGUCAGGAAAAUUAAGGCAAUCAUACAACACCUGUCAUAGUGGAUUAAUUUUAAUCCAUUGAUUUUAAAAGCAGUUACAAAAUAAUGCUAUUUAUUUUUUUUCUGUGUCUCUGGGAGAUCUGAAUAUGCCUGUGGAAUUAUUUCCUAAUAAUUAUGUUCUAGACCAUAAUAAGAGUCAGGUCAUUUUCUUAUUGAAUACCAUUCUCUCCUCUUAUUUCCUUUAAAACCAGACCUGCAACCUCUUGAGAGGGAAAACUAAAAACAACAUAGAAGAAAGAAAUAGUUUGCAAUUUUAAAGUGUCAUUUUGAAAUUGAAAUCUUGUGUAGAUUUCUUUUGUAAUCUUAGAGGAAAUUUUAGAGUCAUUUGAGAGUUCCUGUAUUUUGAUGUUACUAUAAAUUUGUCUGCAUUCCUUACAUCAAAAUGUAAAUAAUGCAAAAUCUCAGUUUUAAGCAAUAUUCUAUUUUUGCUUUUUCUGGUUUCCUAACUAUGUCUUGCUGACAGAUGACAGGUAAUAUAGUCUUAGACUUGAGCUACCUGUGUCAAUCAAAUGCUUUAUUUUCUUCUUUCCCUUUACUCUUGGGCUCAAAAUCAACCAAAUGUUAAAGAAAACUCUAGCAUUUAAUCAAGUUGACAAAGAUUCAACCUCAAUGCCAUAAUUAGAUACCCAUUUAUCUCUGGUAUAGAGUAAAAACAGCAUUUACUAUAUUAGGUAUCUUAUCUAAAUGGAAACCUAUGCUCUGAUUUAGAGGACAUUUUAUUUUAUUUCUGAUUCUGUUUUCCAUAGAUUAAUAAAUUAAUAUUUAAUUUCCAGGUUAUAAAAAGUUUAUUUUAAUGAGUGGAUUAUCUACAGUAGAUUUGAACUGAUUAAUAUUGUAUUUCUCCUGUACUAUAUAUAUAUAUAUAUAUGCAUACAUCCUACAUAAGGGCGAAGUCUAUGAAUGGGUUUAUUCCAUCAUAAUACACAUAUAGACGUAAAGACGAAGGUAGAGGGUGUUAAGGAUUAUUGCGAACAUUGAAAGAAGACCAAAAUAAAUUUGCCUUCAACACAGAUGUAGAUAAAUAUAUAUAUAUAUAUUAAAAUACAAAUUCAUCCUGGGUUUAUGUAUGAUGCUUAAACAAAAUGUUUCUUAGUCAUUUUAAAGGGCAAGUGGUGUCAGAAGAAAAAUAAAAUUGUCUUCUACCAAAAAUCCAUUAACAUUUAUUAAAAAUGAAACUUGCUGGCAGAAUUAAAUUUGAAUUAGAGAUUUAUCCAAAGAAAACUCACUAUGUAUUAUACACGUAGAUAAACCAUCCUUAAAUGAAAACAAAAAAACAACAGCAGAAUGCAUUUUAUAAGACAGUGGGUAACACAUUGCUUUCUAUUGAAAGUCAAAGCCUUAUUGUAUUCUUGUAGACAACAUGUAUUUAUAUUUAGUAGUGGAUAACUAUGUAAACUUGUAUAUAGACGUAUCAAUCAUCUAAUGAACAAAAAGACACAGCUAUUGAGAUGAGAAAUACAUGUGUGACAUUCUGUCUCCAUGCGAUUAUAUGUAUCUAUCGUUGUAUUGUAUACAAAUAGAGAAUGUGAGAAGACCGAGCACUUGUAGCAAUGGUAAAUGUGUUGGAAUUAUUAUAAAUGUAUCUUAUUCUCAUUUGAUCUCCUUAGUUGGAUUCAAAGGGUAUUAUAUGUAAGUGUAUUUCCACAUGCUAUAUAACAUUCAAUGUUGGUGUUGGUGAAUUUUAUCAUCAUACUUGUUAUUCAAGCAGUGGCUAUUUGUAUGAAAUACAUAUAUGCACAUAUAAAUCAUGUUUUAACAUUUUCAUUUCAAAAUCUGGUUUUAGUCAUUUCAUAUCUUGGCAAAUGUAUAGUAUAUUAUCUUCACUAUGUUAUGUACGGAAUACAUGGAGACUGCAUUUGUAUUGUGAACUGGCAAUGCUACGACAUGAACACUUAGCGAAAAAGUAGAAUUUUCUCUUGUAGAUAAUGAUGAUAUUGCUAGUAGAUAGAUUUUUUCAGGCCCAAUUGUCUAUUUAUGCCUACAUUUUGAUAAUCAUGAUGUUUUGUUUUAAAUUGGGCAGUUAUUUAGGAUUAUUGACUUAUCUACUAUAGCUUUUGGAAUAGGAUCAUGUUAGCUUGAGAAUUUACAAGUGCUCUCUAUCUUUUCUUUUUUCCCUCUUCUCUAAGACUGUUUAUUUCUUGUCUGAUGAGAGUUCAUUUUUAUUUUGCGAGGCCACAGUCCAAUAAAUGUAUUCUGGUUCCACAACAAAGUGA